AUGAUAACCCUCAAUUCACACCAAAAUCCGCCCUUGUUUUCUUCUUCUUCUUCACCACUACCCAAUAACCGCCGUCUAAUCGCCUUCACCACCCCGGAAAACUACGCCGGUAGGCUCUCGCGGCUCAUUCGCCUCAAGGACUGGGAUCCGCUCUGGUGCCCUACCCUCGCCGUCGGCCCCACCCCGCAAACCAUCUCCUCCGUUCAACAAUACCUCCUCCCGCCCGAUCCCCCUCUCUGCGGCUUCUCUGCCCUGGCGUUCACCUCCAGAACCGGCAUCACCGCCUUCGACGAAGCCCUCGCCGCAGUCCCCGCGCCUCCUCUACCCUCCGGCGGAGGAAUUUUCACGGUUUCGGCCCUCGGGAAAGACUCGGAGCUUCUAGAUGAGUCCUUCGCAGCUAGGCUGUGCGGGAAUCCGGCAAGAAUUAGGGUUCUGGUGCCUCCGGUGGCGACGCCGGACGGGAUGGUGGAGGCGCUGAGGUGGGGAUUGGGGAGGAAGGUUAUGUGCCCCGUCCCGCUUGUCGCGGGCCUGGAGGAGCCGCCGGUAGUGCCCCGGUUCCUGGCGGGGUUGCGGUCGAGGGGUUGGGUCCCCGUCAGGGUGGACGCGUACGAGACGCGGUGGUGCGGCGCCGGAUGCGCGGCGGGGCUGUUGGAGGCGGCGGGGCCGGUGGACGCGGUCGUCUUCACGAGCACCGGCGAGGUGGAGGGGCUCCUGAAGGGCUUGGAGGCGGCGGGGUCGGACUGGGGGGCGGUGAGGCGGAUGUGGCCGCGGAUGGUGGCGGCGGCGCACGGCCCCGUGACGGCGGCGGGGGCGGAGAGGUUGGGGGUGGGGAUCGAUGUGGUCGGCGGCAGGUUUGACAGCUUUGAGGGCGUCGUGGAUGCGCUCGAGCGACGGUGGAGAUCUUUUGAUUGCUGA